AUGACUUCACUAGACACCGCCGUCAGCGAUGCGGGACCUUUGGUGGAAAGAGCGGUCCGCGCUGAGGCAACACCGUGGUCGACGGAGACAUUUCUGGACUUCACGUCUUUCAGGGAUGCGUACAGUGCGUGGCACGAAUCUGAAGACUUCUUCAACUGGCUUCAAUCAAGCAGUUAUGCGGUGGCGCUCCUCGCGGCUUCCAAUCUGCGCCCUCUUCACUUCACGGCGAGGGAGCGAGGCACAACGCCAACGGCGUCCUCAUCUCAUGCCGUGGAAGCAUCUACUGUGCAUCUCGUACUGCGUGCUCCUUGUUGCAACACUACGGUCGUCCUAUCGGAAGAGGAGAGGGUUACACUGGCGAAGGUGGGCCGCCUCUUUCCAUUCCAUGUGGGUUCGAAGGGUGUAGCUACUCAGAGCAAGAACUCGACCGUGAUACCAGUGCAGUCUACGCAGCUGGAGCGGCAGCAUCAGAUCACAGCUGGCUUGCUAGCGCGCGCUCACCGAGAUGGCUGCACGUGGCGCGACCGACAUGCCCUCGGCGAGCGGGGUGGCGAAACGGACGAGACCACGGUAUCAUGUGCACGGCAACUCCUGCUAGGGAGCCCGUCACUGUGCAUCACUGAGUCGGUAACAGUUCGCGCCUUCUGUGCCGCGGUGACACUUCGCUCACUAGGUUCUGAAGCGGCUACCAAUGCCCCAGCUCGGGUACGCUGCUUGCUUCCACGAGGCUCCCCACCGAGCGUGGUGCGGCAGCGGAUGGAGGAGACAAUGGCUGUUCUGGACCCGGCCUUUUCUGCCGUCCACUGCGAAGCUUCCACUGCUGUGCCAAGGAUGCGAUACACGGGGAGCAACGUGAAUGAUCGUAUCCUACAGCUCUUUUUCGCCUCAAAGAAGCGCCUUCGGCCAGAGGCAAGCACCGAGGCCGCUUGCGCUGAGACUGAUAUGAGGGGGAAGGAGGUACUACGCUAUAUGGCAUUGCUGAUGUCACUCUACGGGUACACGGUGGUUCCUGCAGAUGACGUGCACUCGGCGGACACAGAGAACGCUGGCGGUAACGAGGCGGACUUCCGAGAUGAAGAAACCACCGUUGGCGCGGGAAGUCACCAGCCUUCUCCCCAGGAAACAUCGCAGUGGAAGAGCCCAUCGACGAUUCAAUCCUCUGCUGAUGACACAGAAGUGGGGCGUCACAUGCAUACAGAGACGGCGACGCAGUCGGAGCUGAUAUCUGUCGAGGACGCGGCGAAACUUCUUGGAUGGCGUGCGCGGUGCCAUUUCUGUGCCCACGGCCCUGCCAUUGUGGCCGUGCGCGAGAGAGUCACGAGGACCACGACAACCACAAUCACCACGGCAAGUACCUUGGAGGGUUCCCACAUUGCUAGCUGCGCUGCUAGUUUCUCCACUGCAGAGGCACUUCGUAAAGAACUGCAGUGUGUUGUUGACGAAAAGGGUGAUGCCUUGCAGCUUCACGGAGUGGUGGGUGCUUCCGUGGAGUCUGGUAGUGGUGAUGGCGGUGACGGUGGGAGCAAAGACGUUCUGGGUGUCGUUGCCGAGGUGGAAGCGCCGCUUCUCAGCGCCAACUGCAGUCAGCAGUACGGCAAGAUGAAGGACGAGGCUGUUGUUGCUGCUGCUGCUACUACUACUGAGCUCGAGAACGCUUCGGAUGAUCAGAGUGACAUCGCUAAGAACUACGGUAGCAGACUUGAGAAAGGUGUGUCCUCACAGGAGUACGAGGAGGGAGACUGUGCCGUGAGCGCUACGCUGUCGUCGUCUGUUGACCGAGGUAGCAACGGAGGCGUCGAAGACGACAACGUGUGUGUGAGCAAUGAAGUGGGCAGCAGCAUCAGCGGCAAUGAGGAGACGGCCGGGGAGGAGAAUUUAGAGGCUGCUUCCUGCAGUGAUGUGGAGGCGCUUGGUGAGCAAAGCACACAAAUGUGCAGCGGGGUUGCACUGGUGCAGGCGGAGGCGACUGCACGUGUUGUUGCCGCCGCCGCAGCAGCUGGAACUGCUGCUGCGGCAGCCUCUGGCUUUUGCCGAACAACCGCGGCGACCACAACGACCAAGGUUGUCACAAGAACAACGCACUCUGUCACCACCAUCACAAUAACCUUCUCUCGGCGCCCAACAUUGCAGAGGGACAGUCAGCAGCAGCUACAACAUCAACUCAGUAGCACUUCCGGCAAAGGUCACCAUGAUAGCUGCCCAUGGUAUCGCCUGUUCCUGACCGACGCCAUCGACGCAACAGCCCUUGCGGCACCGGAGCGCUUUAUGGACUUCACAUGGGUGACAGGUGAAGACGGUGACACAGUACCCGAUGAGAGGACGGCGGAUCUCCCUAACAGCACCUCCACCUCUAUGACGACAUCGGGCGACCAAACGAAAUGCAACGCACACAAGUCAGAAGGUGGGGUCAGUGUCGAUGGUGAGGCGCGGUUUCUCCCACCUCAAGACCCCUCACCCUCAAAGAGAGAGGACCAGACCUGCGAGGACUCGGAAAGGCACUCUUCUCGAGUUAUUCUCGUCUUGCGUUUUUUGCUUCCUGAAGUAGAGCGUCUCAUUACGACGUGGCGACUUAGCGAGGAGUGGGAGCGCGCGCGACCGGGCGAGUACCUGCGGCACCCCCUGUGGCGAACAUGGCUGACCUCAGAGACGCUGCAUCCAGUGCACACAGAGAGCGCAGACGGUAUCAUGGAGCAGUACUUGCGCACCCUUGAGCGGCAGCUGAUGCCGUCGCAGAUCACGGAAGAGGGGACAGGGGAGGGCAGCAGGAGCUCCGCCGCCGCUUCCGACGGUAAGUGCAGUGACGGCAGCGUGAUCAACACAGCAGCGACAAGGGUUAUAGAGAAGGCGAAGUGGGACGCGCUGGGAACUUUGGAGGAGCUUGGCGUCACGAUGGGCGCUCCCCUCUGCAAUGCCAACACAACUUUACUCAGCCGAACGGUGGAGAGUGCCUUGCACUUGGCUAAUCGUUCGCUGCACCGCUACUUUGCAAACGACCAAGUGGCGGCUGAGGCGGGCAGUGCAGCGAGGUCUGGUGAUGCGCGUACGCUACUGCGUGAGGGACUGCAGUCGCUGUUGCGGUUUUCGGGCAUCUCGGCAUCCCAAAGCGUCGUUGCCAGCAGCGGAGCGGGACUAAAAAGCACCCUCUCCGCUCCUGACAGCGAAGAUGCGCGAGGAAAGGAGGCCUCCGCGGCGGUGCGGGCCUUCCUGAAAACUAUGGAGGAGCGUUGCGCAGACGAUAUCGUACGUGAGAGCAGCUCUAACGCGUCACGCCUUCGACGUGCGCUGCAGCGCGAAGCCAUUCCUCAUGCGCUGCACGAAUUCACAACCACCGUCUAUCCGACGUUGCGGUCUCGUGCUGCAGACUGCACCGCCACUACUGAUGAUUUGGCUUUCCUUGUGAACACCGCCUCUGUCAGCACCAACGCUGAUUCAUGCCAUACCCUCUGCGAUCUAGACCGCUCUCGUGUAGCGCAGUACCUGCAGGGCAUGCGUAAUGCCGCUCAGGAGGAGCAGCUGCAGCUGCAGCGGGAGAGAGAGAAAGCGGUGGAGGCACAGCGGCUUGCUGAGGCAAAGGCUGCCGCGGUAAGCACUGCCGCCGCCGCCGCCACAACUACUACUACGUCUUCUGCACCGGUGGUGCGUGCUCCGGCUACCCGGGCGAGUGCAAGUAAAGGGCCUGCCCGGCAGAAGCAACAGCAACAGUCUCAAGGUGGCAGAGGCCCACACUCCUCGCCGCAUCCGUCAACCCUGCCAAGCCAGAUGCAGGGCCUACCAAUGCACCAGGCACCGGCGCCGAGCCAUAGCAAUCCCAUGGCGCUAGCGCCCCACUCGACACGCACAUCAAGCGGCUUGGCCGUCUUGCAGUCAGAUGUGCGCCCUACCGUUGGCCCCCCGACGCAGCCGCUCGGAUAUAAUAACCCCCACUGGGGCUUUCCUCAACCCUCUUUACACGGUAAUACUGGCGCGUCAUCGCCGCCGCAGCCCUCGUUGAUGCAUCUCCAAGCGCCGGACGUGGUUGGCAACAAAGCCCUUCCUCCUACCCGUGCUCCGUUCGAAGGUCAAGGGGGAGGCAGUGAGCCAUGUAACCCGUCGGCCGGUAGCGGCUUCUUUCUUGCAUCAAAUGUGGUCCCAGGGAGUGGACAGGGGCCUAUUUUUCUCGGCAACGACCGCAGUGGGGUAGGGCUGGAUGGGUCUGCCUUCGCGGACGAUGGCGGUCCACUCUUCUCAUCUACGCACCCCUUCGGCUGGCUGCCUUUUCCGUCACGACCCUCGGGAGGGGACGACGCCGGUGUUUUGGCAGCAAACGUGUAUGCCCCCACGUCUGGUGGCGCGCUGCCGCGUGGCGGUGCCAGUGGACUUUCUCCGAGCGCCGUCGACUCGGUUUUGGGAAGUUUUGACGGGCGUCACCCCCGCAGUGACGGCGCUGCUACUGCGGAGGUGUCUCGUCUCCCCCAUUGGAGCAGCAGCGCCGUGCUGCAGGGACCUCCGACUGGCGAUACCGGCGGCGGUGGGGUUCUUGGUCAAAGUGAACUUUCUGUGCUCCGGCGAGAUAGUACCGCUAGUGGCAAUCGUAUUGACAGCAGUAAGUCGGCGUCUACUGUCUUUGGCGCUUCAGCACCGUCGUCCUUUGCCGUGUCGAAGGCGACCGCCCCUGUAAUGCCGUCUUUAUCGGUGCCACGUAGCGGCCACGCCAACCGUGGCCGUGGUAGCGGCGGUGGCCAACAGAAUCAGCAGCUGACGCCAACGCCUUGCCAGCCGUCCUCGCGAGGCAACGCAGUGAACUCCUCUGUUCUUGGCGGAGGUCCAAAUGCACACGCGCCACCGUCACGCGGUGGCGCCGGCGGGGGUGGUGGAGGCCGCACUGGGCGAGGCCGCAGCCGCAGUGGCGGUGUUGGUGGUCAACGGCACGGUGGUGGUGGCUUUCGACGAGGUGGCUGA